GCUCCCUGGAACAGAGUUCAGUCAUCUUGUGUCUCUUUAGCUCUAAUCCUGGGUUUCCCCAGUUUGAACACAGCAGGAGGACAGGCAGACAUGGAGUCUCAACCAGAACAGCUGACCAGGAUGGAGUAUGCAAUGAAGUCCCUCAGCCUUCUUUCUCCCAAGUCUCUUUCCAGUUGGGUAGCAGUAAAUUCUUCUGUGGUAUCACAGCAACUCUUGGCUGAAACCACUUCUGUGACCAAAGCCCGGCCCUACCGUGUCAGCAAUGCCGAUCGGAGUAUUCGGAAGGGGAUCAUGGCUGAUAGUCUCUUAGACCUCAGCCACAAGGUCCAAGAAGCUCUGUCAGUGGUAGACACCUUCUCCCUAGUUCUGGAAGAAGAUGGUACUAUCAUUGAAACAGAGGAGUAUUUCCAGACGCUAAAUGAAGGCACAGUUCUCAUGGUCCUAGAGAAGGGUCAGAAAUGGCGACCAGCACCCAAUCAGGCAUCUGGAUAUCAGCUCUCACUCUCUCAAAAGCCCUCUAAGAGGAUGGAUGUGGCCUCUGUGACUUUUGACUUUUACAAAGCAAGGCCAGAUGACUUCAUUGGCUGCCUGAAUGUGAAAGCAACACUGUAUGGCAACUAUACACUGUCCUAUGAUCUGCAGUGCUACGGGGCCAAGCGCAUCAUAAAGGAAGCUCUCCGAUGUGCACUCUUCAGCAUGCAGGCCACUGGUCAUGUCCUUGUGGGCACCUCCUGCUUCAUGCAACACCUCCUCGAAGAUGAAGAAAAGCAGCAGUCCCCAGAGGGGGGCUUUCUACCUCUCCCAACAAAGCUCAUAGCCCCUUCCCUUAUGAAAAUGCUACAAUGAAGCCUCAGGCCAAACACUGAAAAGCAGAGAGACCAGAGUGCCAUUGAGUGCCUAGGAGUAUUUUCACCAGGACUUCUGCCUGUCUUCUCUCCAAUCUUGCCACCGUCUUGCCAUUAUACCACAAAAUCACAGGAAGAAUGGAAGUUACUGGUGUGGACUGAAGGGGAAGCUGUGGGCUUUCUUGCUCCCUUUCCCCCCAUCUCUGGGGGGGACUCAGAGUCUGGCCAAGCCCUUACCUGGUCAGAGUGACCUAUGUUGUAAGUCAUAGUCUACUAGGAUCCAUGAGCAAUGUAGCACAUGUUCCUGAAUAUGCAUUUUCCUCUUCUUGCUUCACUCCUGUGUUGACUUGAGUUGUCAUAAAUUAAACCUACUAUGGUGGGAUACAUUUGUAAUAUGUAACUUAUGGAAAUUACA